UCAUUCUGCUCUUCUCCACAGCAAAUGGCGGACGACGCCGGUGGUAGAGGAGGUUUUCGCGGGGGCUUUGGCACUGGGGGCCGGGGGCGCGGCCGGGGUCGUGGCCGGGGCCGUGGAAGAGGUCGGGGCGCCAGGGGUGGCAAGGCCGACGACAAGGAGUGGGUGCCCGUGACCAAGCUCGGUCGUCUUGUCAAGGAUAUGAAGAUCAAAUCCCUGGAGGAGAUCUAUCUGUACUCCCUUCCCAUCAAGGAGUCGGAGAUCAUUGACUUUUUCCUGGGGUCCUCGCUGAAGGAUGAGGUACUGAAAAUCAUGCCUGUCCAGAAGCAGACAAGAGCUGGUCAGCGAACCAGGUUCAAGGCCUUUGUUGCUAUUGGGGACUACAAUGGCCACGUUGGACUGGGAGUGAAAUGCUCCAAGGAAGUGGCAACAGCUAUCCGCGGUGCCAUCAUCCUGGCCAAGCUGUCCAUUGUCCCUGUGAGGAGAGGCUACUGGGGUAACAAGAUCGGAAAGCCCCACACUGUCCCUUGCAAGGUGACUGGCCGCUGCGGCUCUGUCCUGGUGCGUCUCAUCCCGGCGCCUCGCGGCACUGGCAUCGUGUCCGCCCCUGUGCCGAAGAAGCUGCUCAUGAUGGCCGGCAUUGAUGACUGCUACACCUCCGCCCGGGGAUGCACAGCCACACUGGGCAACUUCGCCAAGGCCACAUUCGACGCCAUCUCCAAGACCUACAGCUACCUGACUCCUGACCUCUGGAAGGAGACUGUGUUCACCAAGUCCCCAUACCAGGAAUUUACUGAUCAUCUGGCCAAGACCCAUACCAGAGUGUCUGUGCAGAGAGCCCAGUCUACUGUUCCAGCAUCCUCCUAAACUGUUUCUU